CCUUUCAAAACAUCAAUUCAUCCGCAUAGAACAAAAACAACAAAAUUAAUUAAAAACGACCAAAAUGGCUUCAAUUCAACCCAACAACUUUUUCUACCCACGUUUCCCACCACCACCACCACCACCUUCACAAUUCUACAACCCUCCACCACCACCGUCGCAUUCAUUUUCUCCUCCACCAUCACCACCAUUUAGAUCACCACCGCCGCCGCCACCUCGUCCCAUUGGUCCUUCUCCACCGCCACCACCUCGCCCGGUUCGUCCUCCCCCUGCCCCUCUUCCACCUUCUCCCUCUCCGAGCAACCCCACAGUCAUAAUAGUGGUGGUUGUCUCUGUGGGUGGGCUCUUUCUCCUCUCGAUGCUCGCUUUUGCUCUAUUCUGCUGCGUUCAGAGGACCACGAACAAGAAGAAGACGCAACAAGAAACCGAUGUCGUUCACUUUCAUGAACACAAAAGGGUGGAAGAAACCAUCGUACCUGGUCCUUUCGGACGUGACACAGUGGUGGUAACUGUUGAAGAUGACGUGCACAUCGAUGAAGAAAUCAAAAAGAGUGAGAAAGUUGGUCACCACAAUUUGCAUGCCAAAUCAUCUUCUCCACCUGAACCAGAUCAAGGUACUUCUACCAGCAUUGUUCAGGUGGCAGCUACUCCUCCUUCUGCACCUCAUCAUCAUGAUGAUCUUCAUCACCAGCUUGAAAACAAGCCAUGACUCAAACAAUAUGAACACACUUUUCCUCAGAGAACUGCAUAUCCUUGUCCAAAGACUCCUAACAAGGAUCGUAUAAAUAAAUAUCAACAUUCAACUCGUUUCCAUGAAUAAAUAAAUAUCGUUCAAUUUUUUCA